GCCGCUUGGAUCCCAAUCCUACAGACGGACCGCAUCUUACCAGGGGCUUGACGCUGGAAUUUGUGGAUUUGCCAAUUUGCAUCCGGCCUCCUACCUCUCAGCCCACGAUGCCCUCCAGUGGUGCCACCACCGUGGACAGCAGCAGCUCCAGCCUGGAGAGGGACGAGGACCACAAGGAGGAAGAAGAGCUGGAGGAGCCGAGGGGCAAGGAGGAGCGACAAGAUUCCAGUGCUCCCAUGAGGAAGGUGGGACGGCCCGGCCGGAAGCGGAAGCACCCCCUGGUAGAAAACAGCGACACCUCUAAGGAUGUUGCCCCAACUUCAAAGUCCCCCUCCAUGGCUCAGGAUACCAGUCCUGCAGAACUGCUGCCCAAUGGAGACGUGGAGAAGCUCAGUGAGCCCCAGCCAGAGGAAGGGAGCCCUGCUGGGCGAAAGGGCGGGACGAGAGCCGAGGGAGAGGCUGAGGCAGAAAGCACCCCGGAGGCUGCCCGAACCCUGGAGAAUGGCUGCUGUACCCCCAAGGAUGGGCAGGAGGCCCCUGUUGUGGGUGGCAAAGAAGAAAAGGAGGAGACCCACUUUGAUUCUGUGAAAAUGGAGGGAGCUCGGGGAUGGUUACGGGGAGGUCUGGGCUGGGAAUCCAGUCUUCGACAGCGGCCCAUGCAGAGGCUCACCUUCCAGGCUGGGGAUCCCUACUACAUCAGUAAACGCAAGAGAGAUGAGUGGCUGGCACGAUGGAAAAGGGAGUGUAGGAAACUUGCUGUGAGGAAAUUCCCUGAAACCAGAGCAGAUCAACUCAAGCUUCUCAAUUUAGCUUCCUGGGUAGUGCCUCCAGGCACUCAGGGAGUCUAGUGACUUGCUCUAUGUGGGGCAGCCCUUGAAAACUCACAUCUUCCCGAUUCUCUGGAGUCUA